AACGGGCCGGCGAUCGGGAGCCCCGCUCCCAUUUCCCGACAUGGCCGAAGAGGACUACGGCGUCUUUGUGGACUCGGAGCAGAUGGGCCAUCUGGCCCAGAGCGGCGGGCCCAGCGAGCUGGACUGCGAGGACCCCAGAGAGUUGAAGCAGAUGGCUCGUCAGGGUUACUGGGCCACCAAUCACCGACUUCGGGCGCGAGCGUACCAGCGGCUGAUCAAAAGCAUCCCCUGCCGCACGGUGACGCCCGACGCCGAAGUCUAUCGAGACCUGCUGGGAAGCGCGGCGGCCAAGAAGCCGGCCGGGAACGUCCCGCUGCCGGACCUCGCGGACGGGAACCCCGUACCGCGCUACUGCCUGAAAGCCGAUGCGGUGGGCUCCGCCCACCGCAUCAUCAACUGCCUGGCCGGUCAGUUUCCCGACAUUUCCCACUGCCCGUCCCUGCCGGCCGUGACCUCUUUGCUCCUGCACUUCAGCGCCGACGAGGCUCAGUGUUUCGAGCACGUGAGCCGCAUACUGGCCUGCAACGAGCCGGGAAAACGGCUCCUGGAUCAGACCUUCCUGGCCUACGAGUCGGGCUGCAUGACUUUCGGGGACCUGGCCAACAAGUACUGCGCGCCGGCGCACAAAGCGAUCGUGGCCGCGGCCCUGGACGUUCUGGAGGUCUACUCGGACUGGCAGCGAUGGGUGCUCGGCGACUUGCCCUUCAGCCACGCCGUGCGCGUCCUGGACGUCUACCUGGUGGAGGGCUACAAGAUUCUGUACCGCGUGGCCAUCGCCUUGCUCAAGUUCUACCGCAAACACGCGGCGGGAGCCGCGGCCGAGCGGCGGCAGGAUUCCGGCCGAGUCAGGUCGGACAUUCGGGCUUUCGCCCGAGGAAUCGCUGCGGUGGUGACGCCCGACAAGCUGCUGGAGAAGGCCUUCUCCAUCCGCCUGCUGAGCCGCAAGGAGAUCGCCUUGCUGCAGCUCGCCAACGAAAGGUCCCUGCGAGAAAAGGGCAUCACCGUCAAGCACAAGAGGAGGAACGUGCAGCUCGCGCUGGACCCGGACGCCUUCUCUUCGGAGAUCGUCGGCGCCAAGGAGAUGAGAGACAUCUGGUCGUGGAUCCCCGAGCGCUUCGCCCUGUGCCAACCGCAGCUGCUUUUCACCACCUCCGCGCACGGCUGCAGCCUCAACAGAUUUUACGAGCAUUGCGAAGGCUACGAACCCACGCUGCUCCUGAUCCGAACCACGGACGGAGAUGUCUGCGGGGCCUUCCUGUCCACUGACUGGGAAGAACGCAAGAGGGGAGGCAACAAGCUGAGCUUCUUCGGCACGGGCGAGUGCUUCGUCUUCAGGCUUAAACCGGAGAUGGAGCGCUACGAGUGGGUGGUGAUCCGGCACCCCGAGUUGGCCUGCGCCGUGAAGAAUCGGGGUCAGGAGGACGCGGAGGCCUCCGAGGAGGGCCAAAACUCUGAGCGCGGCAGUUUGCGGCAGCCGGAGAAGGCGCUCGGCCAGCUGUCGCCCUUCCUGGCCGCCCGCCACUUCAACCUCAGCUCGAGGAACACUUCCAUGUUCAUGGCCGGGAACUUUGACUCCAUCAUUGUGGGUGGCGGUGAAGGGAACGCUCUCUACAUCGACGCCGAACUCAACCACGGGCGCAGCGGCCGCUGCGCGACAUUCGACAACCCGCCUCUGUGCGCCGAGAGCUUCCAGGUGGCCCUGCUGGAAGCCUGGGGCUUCCGGGACGCCAUGGCCACAUCGCCCCAACGCCACUGAGCGCUUAUUCUGCACUGCUGGCAAAAACGCUUGUCAGGUUUGGCUUCCGGGGGACCCUAAAAUGCACUCCCAUUCGAGGUCAACUUGAUUUGACUCAACUUUUGAAUGCACGUCCAACGGUUUGGUGGCACUUUUGUUUUUUUUUUCUCCCCCCAUCUUGCUGUUCUCCAACAAGGACCUGAAUGGCAAACAGUUGUUUAUCUGUGAAGUCGGGAUUUGGAAUUUGAUCUUCAACAGAAAUAGAGACUGGCGGCGUCACAGAAAAGCACAAGUGACCGUCCUUUGAAGUGUUUUAGGUGUAAACAUUUCACUUGGGCCGCACUACAAGUUAAUCCAUGAUUGUAUUUAUGAACCUCGUGCAAAAAUGUGAUAUUUUUUUGUUUUGGCUCUUUGUACAUAGUGCAGUAGUGUUUACAACUAGUGGUUUAAAAAAAAAGUGCAUUUUCGUGUUGUUAUCUGUGGUGCGUUCAAAUGCAUGAUGAGCCGAAACAAAUAUGUCAAUGUCAAAAGUGGUCGUGUUAGUGUGGUUUUGUCUGAAAUAUGCGCCGCCAUGAAGUGUUUCCUAUGUCGGAUAAACAGGAUGCAAAUGUCACAUGUG